CUAUCGCCCACCAUGGCAAAGAGCAAGAACAAGGCCGCUAACAAACAAAAGAAUAAGAAGGGCAAGAACCAAGAGGCCUCUGGGAAUCAGACACCUCAGCCUGACCCUCCUGUUGUUGAGCAACAACAAGAAGAACAACAAGUGGAACAGCAACAGCAAUUAGAACAACAAGAGACACCUCAGCCUGAGCUAUCUACCCCUGAGCCAGAGCAACAACCAGAGCAAGAGGAACAACAACCACCACCAGAGACACCUCAACCCGAGCUCUCCACCUCGGAGCAAGAGGCCCAGCCUGAGAGCCAACAAGAGGCCCCUCAGGAGGACCAGCAAGACCCGCAGCAAGAGUCGUCACAGCCCGAGGUCUCCACUGAAGAGCCGGUAUCAGAGCCCCAGCAAGUAGAAGAGCAAGCUCAGGAGCCACCGACAGCUCAGCUUGAGCCCACCUCUGAACAAGCAGAACAGCAACCAGAGGGUCUGCAAGAACAGCAAGACAUACAACCUGACGAGCAGCAACAAGAACAACCGCCCACUGAAGCUGAAGCUCAAGUUGAACCUGAAGCUGUAGCUGAACCUGCAGCUGAGGCGCCGAUCGAAUCACAGCCGGCAGAAACAGAGCCCGUAUCUGAAACCGUACCAGAACCUCCACAAGAACCAGAGUCGGUGCCAGACCAAGGACCGGAACUGGAGCAAUCACAGGCUUCCGUCGAGCCAGACUCGACUGUGCCCGAGGCACCAGUCCAGCCGCCGGCGAACGAGGAGGGUGGGUUCGAGCAACCGGCAGUUCCUGAGCCCGCCCAAGUUGAGCAAUCCGACGUGAACGAUGUGCAGACCUAUUCUGAACAGCCACAAGAGUCGAGCUGGGAGGAAAUAGGCACAUCGGAACAACACGCGGGUGACGCUGAGGAGCACCACGAGACCAACCCUUUCCUGACUGAAGCUAGCGGCACCGCUGAAACAGUCGAGGAGACGCCAGUAACAGCACCGCAGACACCGCUGGAUUCUUCAUUCGUCCCGACCCAGUCGUGGGAGCCCUUGGAGGAACCACAGCCCCAGACGGACAGUUCAUUCGUGGCAGCACCCUUUGGCUCCAACACUGGAGCUCCAGAGACUUACUCGCAUAUUCCUGAAAUGUCUGAACCUUUCGCCGAUACAGUGGUCGCUCAGCCUACGCCUUUCUCUGAUACGUUCGCCCCCUCAAGCGCUACUCCCGCUUCGAAGCCUGGUUCUCCGAUUCCCCAAAGCGGUUCACCAAUCCAACGCACUGCAUCCCCGUCUUUCAAGUCUAUGUCGCCUGGUCCUCAGAGCGCUGCUGCUACACCACGUGCCACUUCACCGGUGCACCAAUCUGCGUCGCCAGUUCGACCUUACCAUUCUCCGGUGCAGCAGUAUACCUCACCGAUGGCCCAACCCGCCUCGCCAAUACGGGAAGCAACGGUUCUGUCGCAAAGGAGCUCCUCUCCCACACCGCCAGGCGCUUCUCCCGUAUUUCAAUCAGCUUCACCCGCCGUGCAACAAUAUUCUCCAGUGCAGAAGGUUGCAUCACCUGUGCAAAAGACCGUAUCACCUGUACAGAAACACGUCUCGCCUGUCGCGAAACCCGCUUCACCCGUUCCGAAAGUCAGCAGUCCUCUAGCACGUGGGCACAUGUCUCCGAUGAUGUCCCCACAAAUGGCUCCUCCGCCAAUGACGGCGAGGAUGCCUCCACAGCCAACCGCCAUACCGCCCUACCCCCCCUCCUAUCACUCGCCUAUCAUGAGCGCCAAUGGCUUCCUCCCCCAGUAUGCCUACUAUCAACCUUCCCCCAACAUGCAUCCGACCCCUCGAGGCUCUAUAGACCCCGGGUCGGCUGCUUCCUUCCAGGCCCUGCAGAACCUGGGCUUCGGCAAUGGCCAUCCUCUGAAUGGCAAAGGAGGCACCAUCUCGCCCCCACACGAACAUGAAGAGCCUAUUGAGCUUCUACAGAGGAUCCAGGAUGCCAUUCCCGACAUCGGCCGAUUGCUCAAUAGCUACAAGACCACCAAGGGCAAGUUGCAGGCGCGGGAGUCCGAGUUCAAGCAGAUGAAGAACCAACAUGAGCAGGACUUGAUGCACAAAGACUUCUACAUCGAUGCCCUGCAGAAUCAGAUGCGGAAGGCAGCCAGUGAAAGUGCAGAGGAAUCAACGAGACUCAAGAAUACCAUCAAUGAGCUUCGCAUGGAGCUGGGCAACGAGAAUGAGAAGAAGAAGGACCUUCAGGAGAGGCUACAUGAUGCGGAGAAGGCCAAUGAGGAGCUAUCGCAGACCAAGGCCGAGCUGGAGGAGGAGGUCAAGACCCUCAACACCAACCUUCAAGAGGCACACGAGACCUACGAGAGGGAUAUGGAGGCUGCCAGACAGGACAAGGAGUCCUCUCUUGCCACUCAGAAGCAAGAGCUGACGGAGAUGUUUGAGGAGAUCAAGGCAGAAGACGAGAAGGCUGCAGCUGAGGCUCUCGCAGCACGCGAGCGCGAGUUGCUCGACCAGCAGGACGCGAUGAAGAACGAUUACGAGAACCAGAAGCAACAGAUGCAGGAAGCGCACGAUACACUGCAAGCCGAUUUCGACUCCAAGGUUACCGAGCUGGGUUCGACAAAGGAAGAACUUGAAACCAGAACUACCGAACUCGCAGACAAGCAGAAGGAACUGGAGAAUACCAUUGAGACAAACGCCAAGGAGAUGGAGGACCUCCGUCAGACCCACGCUAGCGAAGUCGAGUCCCUCAACAAUAGCCACGCAGAAAAGGUGGCAGAGAUGGAGAAGGAGCACAGCGACCAGCAGCAGAAGUGGGCUGAUGAGAAGGCCGACUUGGAGGGACGGCUCUCGGACAAGAUCCAGGCCUUGGAGUUCUGCGAGCGGGAGAACAAGAAAUUGGAGGAGGAUAAUCUUGUCAAGGAGAAACAGGUUCAGCAUGCGGUGGAUGGAAUGCGCCUCACCAUUGAUAAUUUGGACAAAGAUUGCGACAGGCUGAGAAAGACCCUUCACAGCCUUGGAGAAGCCACUGACCUCAAGAGCACGAAGGGUGAUACAUUCUUGUAAGUGACCCAGUGCAUUGAGAAUGUGUUUUAGUACCCGACUUUCGUUUAUGAUCUCUCAUCUUCCGAUGUUCUUUUCCUUAUUCUUUUUUUUUUCUUUCUUCUGCAUUAUCUUUGCAUUUUAAUUUCGAUGUCAUGUUUGCAUUUUUCUUCUUUUCUGCAUGAACAUGAACCAGAACCAGAACCAGACCACAGUCUUUUGUUUGUUUCAUUUCCUUUGUCUUUUCUCCUGUUCUCCUGUCUUUUUCUAUAGACUGAUCAUGAUGAUGACUAUGAUGACAUGUUGAUAACGCUAUAAAUGUACGUGCUCUGAUAAACAUCUCCGAAAUCUAGUUUGGACUGUUUC